UCUUGGAAAUUAGUGGUUUUUUGGAGGGAGGGGGGUGAUCAACAGUGUAGCAAAAAAAACCUAUAUAUAGUAUCUGAAGACGUUGCUGAAAACCUGAUAACUUAAAUCUGUCUUCUUUACAAGGAGAUUUUGUUGAGGCCUUUGUGCAUUUCAAUGUCUUUCUUUUUGCUCCUGACUUUCCUCCUUCUCAUUCAGCAGUCUUUCCAGAUAUCAGAGGGUGAUACUUUUUUGAUAAACUAUGAAAAACAUAAUCUUUGUAUGCAACCUGGAAAAACCUCUGUCAUCUUGCUUAGCAAGUGCAAUCAGAAUAAUAAGAUGCAAAGGUUUAAGUGGACUUCCAGUCAGCAAAUACUGAACAUGGGACUGAAGUUAUGCUUGGGAGCAUCUGCAGACUUCAGCCAACUUGAAUUCUCCUCCUGCAAUCAGACCAGUGAGCUGCAGAAGUGGGCAUGCGUCAAUGAUACCUUUCCUGCAAUCAGAGGACAAAACCAGUUUUUGUCUUAUGGUGCUGGACUUGUCCAGUUGAAUAAUGCACCUGAUGUCAAAGCAACCUGGAAGAUUGAUGGAACCAAAGACACAUUGUGCACUAAAGGCUUUGAAGCUCAGUUUACCAUAGAAGGCAAUUCCAAUGGAGCCCCCUGUGUAUUCCCAUUCAAGUAUAAGAAUGAGUGGUAUGUUGAAUGCACAACAAUAGACAGUGAAAAUCUACAGCCUUGGUGUGGAACAACUGCUGAUGUGGAUAAAGACUCUUUAACUGGAUAUUGUCCAAUAAAAGAUGACAAUGAACACUUUUGGAUUAGAAAUCAUUGGACUGGAAACCAAUACCAGAUAAAUUCUGACUCAGCUCUUACCUGGCUCCAAGCAAGAAAAAGCUGUCAGCAACAGAAUGCAGAAUUAUUAAGCAUCACAGAACUACAUGAACAAACCUACUUGGCAGGAUUAACAACUGAUCUGAACACUGACUACUGGAUUGGGCUUAACAGUUUGGAUAUGGACAGUGGAUGGCGGUGGGCUGGCAACCAUCCUUUCAGAUAUUUAAAUUGGGCUCCAGGGAGCCCAUCACCAGAAUCAGAGAAAAUCUGUGCAACGAUGCGGUCUCAGAGUGGCAAAUGGGAGAAUAAGGAGUGCGGCCAUAAACUUGGAUACAUUUGCAAAAAGGAAAACUCUUCAUUAAACACCCCAGUCAUCUCUUCAGAUGACUUGAAGCCUGUGAAAUGUCCAGAUGGCUGGGUUCCAUACUCAGGCCACUGUUACCUCCUUCAAAGAAACCUCAAGUCGUGGAAAGGUGCACUAUCAUCUUGUCAAAAGGAAGGUGGAGAUUUAGCCAGUAUCCACAAUAUUGAAGAGCAUAGUUUUGUCAUUUCUCAGCUUGGCUACAAUCCAACAGAUAUGCUGUGGAUUGGAUUGAAUGCCCAGAAGACUGAGAGGUAUUUUGAAUGGAGUGAUGGGACUCGUGUGACAUACACCAAGUGGCAGAGUGGAGAGCCUACUUAUCUACAAGACUCCCUGGACAACUGUGUCAUCAUGAGUGGAGAAAAUGGAUAUUGGGUGGAUACUUUCUGUCAAGAGGAAUAUGGUUACAUCUGUAAAAGAAAAGCUUUGGAAAUUCUUUCUGAACCAGAAGAUGCUGACCCAGGCUGCCAGAAUGGUUGGAAAAGGCAUGGAUUCUAUUGUUACUUAAGUGGAAAAACAUUGGGGACAUUUCCAGAAGCAAAGAAAUUAUGUGAAAGAAACAAGGGUUCCCUGGUGUUCAUAGAGGACAGGUAUGAACAAGCCUACCUAACUAGUCUAGUUGGGCUACGUCCAGAAAAGUAUUUCUGGAUUGGCAUAUCAGAGAUAACGGAAGGCUGGACAUUCAACUGGACUAAUGGACACUCAGUUACAUUUAGCCACUGGAACUCAGGGAUGCCUGGACAAAAUCAUGGCUGUGUUGCUAUGAGAACUGGAACUGCAGCUGGAUUGUGGGACAUUGUGAGCUGUGAGGAGAAGGCAGCAUUCAUCUGUAAACAAUGGGCAGAAGGUGUGACAACAACUCUUGCCCCAACAACAACCACACUGCCCCCUUGCCCAGAAGGAUGGUCUGGAACCGAAACAGCAAGUUCAUGCUUCAAAAUUUUUAGAGAGAAAAAAUACAAGAGAACUUGGUUUGAAGCUCGAGAUUUUUGCAGAGAAAUUGGAGGAGACCUGGCUUCCAUCCAUAGUGACGAAGAACAAAGCAAAAUACAGGAAUUGUUUGAAGAUGAGGCCUGGAUUGGUUUAAAUGUUUUGGACUCUGAUGUGGGGAAUACUUGGAGUGAUGGAUCUCCUGUUGACUUUGAGAGAUGGCAUCCUUGGUUCUCACCCAUCACUGAUGCAGGACAACAGUGCACAACAGUUGAUAGUCGUUUUCCAUACUGGACAAUGUCAUCAUGUAGCAGUUUAUAUCAUUGGGCUUGCCAAGUGAAGAGAGGUGUGGCCUUGAAACCGGAGCCAAAUGAUACUUUUGCUUGGUCAUACAAAAUAAUUGAAGAUGGCUGGGUUAAGUAUGAAGACAAUGAGUACUAUUUUCACAACACAAGUUUGUCUAUGGGAGAAGCCCGACGAUUUUGCAAACAGCAGAGUGGAGAUCUUGCUGUCAUUACAAGUGAAAAGGAACGUAUGUUUUUGUGGAAAUAUAAUGUCUUUCAUGCAUUUAAGGAUGAUGUUUACAUUGGUUUAACUGUGGGUGUUGAUGGAAAGUUCCGGUGGCUGGAUGGAACUCUAGUGACCUAUGAAGCCUGGGCCCCCAAUGAACCAAAUAAUGCAAAUGAAGAAGAAGACUGUGUGAUGAUGUAUGAGAGAACAGGCUUAUGGAAUGAUAUAUACUGUAGUGCAGAGAACAGAUUCAUCUGUGAAAGGCACAACAGUUCUGUCCGUUCAACCAUUGCUCCCACAUCACCUGCACCUCAAGGAGGCUGUGAUGAAGGCUGGCUUUUGUUUAAUAACAAGUGCUUCCAAAUGUUUGGUUUUAAUGAAGAAGACAGAAAAAACUGGAGUGCUGCACGUACCACUUGCAAAACCCUAGGUGGAAACCUGGCAACUAUACCUAGCAAAGCUGUUCAAGCUUUCCUUACUAUGCACUUUAAAAACGUGCCAGUUGAUUCUUGGAUUGGACUGCAUGAUAUCAUUGAAGAGGGAAGGUUCCUAUGGACAGAUGGAAGUAGUGUGCGUUAUACAAACUGGGCCAACAGUUCCCCCAGCUCUUCUCGCCACGGGUUCUUCUUCCAUUCCAAUGAGGACUGUGUUGCUAUGAUAAAGGAGCCUGAGAAGUGGGCGGGAAAUUGGAAGGACAGAAAAUGUUCAAUAAACUAUGGAUAUAUCUGUCAAAAAAACACUGACCCUGUAUCUUCUCACUCUGAAACAACAAUUCCAGCAUCUGGCUAUAUACCUUAUGGAAACAGCAGCUAUUCUUUCACCAAAACUGCAACGUGGGAAGAAGCCAGAAAACAGUGUCAUUCUAAAAACUCAGAACUUACCAGCAUUCUGAAUCCCUAUAGCCAAUCAUUCCUGUGGCUCCUGGUGCUGAAAUACAGGGAACCUCUAUGGAUUGGUCUAAACAGUAACGUGACCAAUGAGUAUUAUAGAUGGGUAUCUGGCUGGAAACUGGAAUAUACUAAUUGGGCUCCUGGAGAGCCAAAAGAAAAUCUAGCCUGUGUCUACUUAGACCUUGGUGGGCUAUGGAAAACAGGAACAUGUAAUAAAAAGUACAGAGCUGUCUGUGAGCAGUAUAAUGGUAAGUAA